CACAUCAAAUUUAUCUCCUUACCUUCUCUGCAUUAACAAAAUGAAGUUUUUGAGAUUUUUGCUUUCUUUCUUUAUAAAGUUUCUUCUAUUGAAUCAUUCCCUUUCUCAUUUUCCUUUGAUUUCAGGUCAAAGGACUAACCACGAAGACUUUCUCAGGUGUCUCACUCACCGAAUAAACGACGACGAAUCAAGAAUCAUACACACAUCAAAAGAUCCUUCCUUUUUCUCAAUCUUGAAUUCUUCCAUACAAAAUCCAAGAUUCUCUGUUCUUGAAACACCUAAACCGGUCUCAAUCAUCACUCCGGUUCAAGCCACCGAUGUUCAAUCUACGAUUAGAUGCGCACGGCUUCACGGUAUCCACAUCAGGACUAGGAGUGGUGGUCAUGACUACGAGGGCUUUUCUUACAUGGCCAAAAGUAGACCGUUCGUUGUCCUUGAUUUGAGAAAUCUCCGGUCUAUAACAUUAGAUGUUGAUAACCGGACCGGUUGGGUUCAAUCCGGAGCUACAAUUGGGGAAUUGUACUACAAGAUUGGGAAAUUGAACAAAUCUUUAGCCUUUCCGGCCGGUCUUUACCCAACGGUUGGCAUCGGAGGGCAAUUCGGAGGUGGAGGGUAUGGAACGUUGAUGAGAAAAUACGGUUUAUCGGCGGAUAAUGUAAUUGACGCACAUAUUGUUGACGCGAAUGGAAGCUUUCUUGACCGACAAGGCAUGGGUGAGGAUUUCUUUUGGGCUAUUCGCGGAGGCGGAGGAUCAAGUUUUUGUGUUGUUCUAUCAUGGAAGAUUAGAUUGCUCGAUGUUCCAUCGGUAGUAACGGUCUUUAACGUCGUGAAAACAUCGGAAAAGGAUGCUGUCUCGAUCAUCAACAAGUGGCAGUAUAUUGCGGAUAAGGUUCCGAAUGAUCUUUUCAUCAGAGCUAUGUUGCAGAAGGAAACCGAGGUUUAUGCUUCGUUUCCGGGACUCUAUCUCGGUCCGGUAAGCGAUCUAUUAGCGUUAAUGAAAGAGAAGUUUCCGGAAUUAGGUCUUGAGAUAAGAGAUUGUAGAGAAAUGAGUUGGAUUGACUCUGUUCUCUGGUUUGUUAAAGAAGAAUCAAUGGAAACUCUUGCGAAACGAAAACGAACCUCGAGAUCUUUCAAAGGAAAAGAUGAUUUUGUCGAAGAACCGAUACCUAAACCCGCGAUUCGGUAUCUCUGGAAACGAUUCGAGGCGCCAGAGGCUCGGCUUGCAAAGAUCAUACUCACUCCAUUUGGUGGCAAAAUGAAUGAAAUUGCGGAAUAUGAAACACCAUUCCCACAUAGAGAGGGGAAUCUUUAUGAGAUUCAAUAUUUGGCUUAUUGGAGUGAAGAAGAAGAUAAGAACAAGACUAAUACAGAGAAGUAUUUGAGAUGGGUGGAGAGUGUAUACGAAUUUAUGACUCCUUAUGUUUCGAAAUCUCCAAGAAGAGCUUAUGUUAACUUUAGAGACAUUGAUUUGGGAAUGUAUCUUGGUAUGAAUAUGAAGACAAAGUACGAGGAAGCAAAGAUUUGGGGAGUGAAGUAUUUCAAGAACAAUUUCGAUAGAUUGGUGAGAGUGAAAACAAAUGUUGAUCCAAUGGAUUUCUUUUGUGAUGAACAGAGUAUUCCAAUUAUGAACUCUGUUAAUGAUAUUUGAAAUUUUCAAAUUUGUUUCCUUUGCAUAAUUAAUGGGCUUUUUCUCU